AUGCUUAACACCGAGCCCGCGCAUGCCGGCCAGAAAGACGGGAAAAAGACUCGGCAACGCAAGAUUCGUGUCUGCACCGAGUGUCGGAAGCGCAAGCAACGCUGCGAUCAAGCGUGGCCAUGCCACAACUGCACCAGACGGUACCCUCCGGUGCUGUGUACUUAUGCGGAUUCCAGAAACCCUAAUAAUAAACACAAUCCAAAUUCAGAAAAAUUGGUCCAAUUGGGCGGUGACCCGCAGGCGGGAGAUGGUUUCACCCCUCAAGCCACGCAAAAUGUCGCCCGACGUCCUGGAUCAACAGCCAGUAUAAUCAUACCGUUACACGAGACCCGACAGCCUCCUAUUGCUCGUGACCCUUCAACCACUGGCCCUUCCGCUCUCAUGAGACGCGAAAAUGGCUGGGGAGCGACCUCGUUCCGAAAGGACCCCACCAAAAUGGAACAUCUUCCCCCUGAAUAUGUGUUUGGCGGUAGUGACAUCUUGAAUGUUUUUCGAGUGGACCAGAGCAGCCCCUUCUACCCGCUUCGGGACUCCUUGCCUACACCGAAUGUUCGAGUUAUGAUCGUGAAAGUUAGGGAUGUUGCAAUAGAGCCCCUGCACUAUCUCCCCAUCGAGCCUUCAAGGCGAAAUGCGGAAUUGCUGCACUUCUUCCUGCAAAAGUUGUCGUCAUUUAUGUCAACAAUAGAUGGCAAAGAUCCACCAGAGGAUUUUAUGGCCAGGUGGCUGUCCUUUAUGAUCCAAUCCCCUUUUAUGAUCCACAUCACAAUUUUGGCCGCCGCAUAUUUCCAGGCUGUAACAAAUAAUAUUGACGUCAAAAAGUCUGUCGAUGUCGCUAUUGCGAAAGUUAACCUGAUAUCCCUGAUCAAUGAUCAUAUUACUAGCAAUAGCAAGGGUGUUGACGAUGAAGCGAUCGCUGCGGUCAUGUCCCUAGCUUAUAAUGAAUUAAUAUACGCCGAUAAAAGAAGUACCCUGGGCCAUAUGAUAGGGCUCCGAGAGAUGAUCCGGACCCGGGGUGGACUGGAAAAUGUUAGACUCAGUGAGCUGCGGGUAAUGUUGAUGAGAACUGAUUAUCAAGUGGCUUGCACCCUUGAAUGCGAUCCUAUUAUACAAGGGGUCCAGGAGGCAACUAUCCUGAUGGCUUAUCCAAUCCAGCUGGACAGCCCAUUGCUAGUCUCCAGCAACCUUUUUGUUGACUCUAUCGAUUUCCACAGUAUCAACACUGCGACAGCCACUAUCCUCGACGACAUGAGGUUCAUCACCACAUCUAUCAUGACUUUAAGUGGCGCCGAGCACCCAGAGCUCGCGAAAGUCAAAUUUUUAGCCACGGUUCGGUGGAUCCAUCAACGACUCACAUCCGAAAAACCAGAAGCCCAUCUUGCCAACGACUUCGUCUACCAAACGUGUCGAGCUACCGCGAUAAUUUAUACCACAGCUGUCUUAUCUGGACAACCGUUUUCGGAAGCGUGCACCUCUGAGCUCCUCCAAAACGUUUGGAGAGUAAUGUGGAGGGUUCCUCUUCCUCGCUGGAAGCAAAUCCCGGGAGUAUUCUUUUGGGUCGUGUUGGUUGCUAAUCCAUUCGCGAGAAAUCGACCGGAAGGUCGGUUUCUCAAGGGUGUUAUUGCUGGAAAUACGGUGGCGAUGGGCCUUGCGGAUUGGGAUGCCACGACAGCAAUUUUAAAGACCUUUCUAGCUUUGCAGAGGUGGCUCGGGGGCAAAGACCUAGAGAGCUCCAUCAUCCUAGACAACAGGCUAGGGAUAUCUCGUUCUCCGGAGGGUGGACUUCCAGCGUGGGCAUUGACUCAGAACGUUUUGAAUGCGAAAUUUAGCGAAAAGCAGUAUGAAAGUGUGUUUACCAGAAGUCCUGGAAGUUGCGCAAGCCUUCUUUUCUGGUUGCCUACAGCUAUCCGUGGUUUUCUUGAAGAUGAAUAUAUCUACGACCGCGAAAUCGCGAGUUUCCUGGCGGCCAUGGAGAUUCAAAUUUUAGAGGAAGUCAUUGACCACUCGUUGCGUCGCCCGAAACUCCAAGCAAUAAUUUUCCAAGAUCUUCCACGGCAACUUUGGCCUACUGCCUUUGGUGGUUGCACCUGUAUUCCGAAAGAAGAGGAUGUGUAUGGAGACGUCUUUGCAUUCCUACGAGAAACAAGGGUUACUCAGCUUGCUGUCCCUCCGACCUACUUGAAACUCUUUUCCCCGCAGCAGGCGUCCAGUACGCCCGAUCUCCAGGCCAUUGUUGUUGCUAGCGAGCUGGUUCACGGGGAUCUCAUUGCGUCCUGGGCGCCUCAUGUGCGCUUCAACAUUGCUUACGGACCGACAGAAACCUUCUACUCAGCCAUUACACCAACGUUGAAGGCCACGGACAACAUCAUGGGUUUGAUUGGGGAACCUAUCGCUUGUAGAUACUGGCUAGCCAACAUUGAAGAUCCCGAGGUCCUGGCACAGGACGGAGAGCUUGCGGAAACAAGGAGCGUUUUCAUUGAGAAUCCUUCUUGGGCAAAGGCAACCCACGGGGAGAAACCAAGGCGAUUCUUCCUCACGGGAGAUUUGGUUAAAAGACAAGCCGACGGUCGACGUCUUGCUUGCGGUCGUAAGGACACUCAAGUAAAGAUCAAUGGCUGGCCUGUGGCCGUGCAAAAGAUCGACUCUAGCAUCCUUGAUUCGAAGUUGGUUGCAUUCGUAGCGACAGGCAGCCCUGAAAGUGACAAAAGUACAGCCCCGCAAGUACAGUGGCAGACUGUGGAGGCCCUUUCGCUUAUCUUCCAGGAGACGAAGAACUUUCUUGCGGCGAUUCUACCUGCUCGCAUGAUACCCGCCUUUUUUGUUCCCCUCAGCCACUUGCCCAUUGUAACCGCCAACGGCAAGCUCUCGCGGCAGGUGCUUGUGUCAAUGGGUGAGAGAUUUGAUAGACAAGAAGUCGAUAUCCUCCUUGAAGCUGCGAGAGAGCACCGGCCAUCUCCUACCGGAGCGAUCAAUGGCCUACCUAAGUCAGAAGUGCCUCAGCUCUCAGAUAUGGAGGUCCAGUUGAGAAUGUUGUGGACCGAGGCCCUUCAAUUCAGUACAGAGAUCUGGCCCAGUGACAAUUUCUUAGCCCUUGGUGGGGAUUCUAUCGCAGCUGUGAGGCUCUCUGUUGCCGCAAACAGGCAGGGUCUAAAACUCCGUGUUGCUGAUAUCCUACGAAACCCAAUACUGCGCGAUAUGGCGGUUAAAGUCCAGCCACUGCCGCCACGAGAUCUCGCUGCUAAUGGGACAUCUGUUGGCCCAUUCUCCGUUAUGGGUGGACGUGAAGACUCAUCUGUUCAGGCACUCAUCUCUCAAGCCGCCGCAAUGAGCGGUCACCAAGAACCUGACGUCCUGGAUAUUUUCCCUGCCAUUUCCGAUCGGCCUUAUAUGAUUAUGCAGUCGAUAUCUAGUCCAGAAGCUUUUGUAUCGACUCUGACUUUUGAUUUGCCAGUGGAUCUCGAUUUUGACCGCUUCAAGAAGGCAUGGGAGUCCACCUUUGAGCUUGCUGAUAUAUUACGUACCCGCUAUAUACCCUGGGAGCAGAAGGGCUUCGUUUGUGUCACCUUUCAGGAGGACUUUGUUUUAACAACCCAUGAUAACUUGAACAGCUUGCUGGUGGAGAAGAAAAAGUCUGUUGCUUUGACUAUCGAUACUAUCAAGCAGUUCUACUAUGGCGAGACACCGGCGCCCUUUGUUCCAUUUAGGAACUUCGUCCAGUCCGUCUUGAGUGCUGAUACAGAGGGAAAUUCCAGCAUAUGGGUUCAGAAACUCGCUGGAGGUACUGCGGCUAGCUUUCCUGCCUUAGUAGGUCCCAAUGGACCGAAGAUGCCAGUAGCCUCGGAGGUUGAGACGCAUAAUAUAUCCAUUCCACGAAACUUGCAAUCUGAUAUCAUGACAACAACUAUCAUUCGGGCAGCUCUAGGCCUCACAGUUGCUCACAUGUCAAACCCUGGUACACAUGAUGUUCUCUUCAUUGAAGGUUGGUCUGGGAGGGACGUAAUGAUAGAUCAUGACCCGGAUCGAAUUCUCGGCCCAACAAUGUUUCCAGGCGGCACGAGGAUUAACUUCGAAGCCGAGCAGUCCGUGAAUUCUUUCCUCAAAGACGUUCAAGAAGACAACCUCGAGCUCAUUCAGCACAUGAGCAUCGAGCUCCCUAUGCUUCAAGCAGCGUUGAACCCAUUCCCACGUGUGGGCCUCAACAUCGAGCAUGCUUCAUCCGUUGCUUGGAGUAACGGAUUGUUCGAGUUCGUCUCUGAGACAGCGCAUGGCAUUUGUCGUGUCGGUAUACCGUUGUCUGUCAUCUGCCGUUUCGAUGAUGAGUCUAUCACGAAGAUCGAGCUACAUUACGACCCUGACCUCAUUCCCAAGACGAAGCUACAUGAGUUCUUGCAACUCUAUAAAGCGUAUAUGUCUGAGCUCAGCCAGCCUUUAAAUCGAGGUGUAGCUAUAUCGGAGCUUCAACGAAAGAUGUCGGACGAGGACCAUCUACGAACAGAUUAG